AUGAAGUAUGCAGCUGAGUCUGUCGGCCGCGCGACACUGUGUCACCUGCCUAUCGCUGGCAAACUUCCAGCCCUGUGUGUGCUGGAGAACCAAGCUGAAGGGUUGCCCGGCAUCUGUGCAAGGCACGACGACACUGAGGCGACAGAGGAAGAAGACAUCUUUAUCCUCCAGGCCAAAGACAAGAAGAACCCGCUCAUCUAUGGCCUGUUCACCACUUCCAGUGAUAUCCUGAAUGGUUCAGCAGUGUGCGUCUACCGGAUGGAGGAUGUUGUUCGGGCUUUCAAAGGAAACUUCCUUCAUAAGGAGGGGCCUCAGUAUAAGUGGGCAGAGUUUACGGGCAAGGUGCCUUACCCGCGACCAGGAACUUGUCCCAGCAGCACUUAUGGAAGUUACAGCUCCACCAGAGAAUAUCCUGACGACGUCAUCUUCUUCAGCAGGACUCACCCCCUGCUGCAGGAAAAUGUGCUGCCUCUGGGAGAGCGCCCCCUCCUGGUCAGAGUGGGUGUUCACUACAAAUUCAGCAAACUGCUGGUGGACAGAGUGGAGGCCGUGGACGGCACCUACGACGUCCUGUUCAUCGGCACGGACUCGGGCCUCGUGCUGAAGGCUAUCCAUCUCCCCAGAGAACACGGACAGGGUCAGGAGGUCACUCUGGAGCAGAUGCAGGUCUUCCAGCACAAAUCACCCGUGACAGCCAUGACGCUCUCAAAGAAAAAGCAGUGGUUGUUUGUGGGCUCCAGGGAGGGUGUUUCCCAGCUGGCCCUGUACCAGUGUGAGCUGUACGGUCAGGCCUGUGCUGAGUGCUGCCUCGCCAGAGACCCAUACUGCACCUGGGACGGACACGCCUGCAGCCCCUACAUGCCCACCGUGCGCAGAAGGAAUGCUCGUCACUUAGGGGAGGAAGAGGAUCCCCUCACACAGUGUGUCAGACAGGGAGCCGGGCUGCAGGUGGAAGCGGAGCAGAGGAUAAUGAUGGUUGCUGAGGGCAACAGCACUUAUCUGGAGUGUCUCCCCCGAUCCAGACACGCUGCUGUUACCUGGUACAAACAGGCAGGGGAGAACAGCCCCGAACUUAACCAGGCGGAGGCGCAAGUACGCCCCAGUGGCCUAAUGGAUAAGGCACUGGCCUCCUAA